CUUGAUUCUUGAUUCUUGAUUUUUUGUGGCUAUUUUGACUUCUGUGUUCCAAAAAAAUUGUGAUUGAUUCAAUCAAACAUGACCGAAUUGAAUGAAAAAACAAAAAAUGUUUGUAUAAUUGGUGCUGGUAUAAGUGGAAUGGUAACAGCAAAAUCAUGUUUAGAAUAUGGUCUACAACCAAUUGUUUAUGAACGAACAAAAAAUUUAGGUGGAUUAUGGCGUUAUCGUGAACAAAUCGAACCGGGGCAAGGUUCCGUUAUGCGUAGUACAGUUGUUAAUUCAAGUAAAACUUUAACCGCAUUUUCGGAUUAUCCAUUCCCGGAUAAAUAUCCAAAUUUUAUGCCAAAUGAUUUAAUGUAUGAAUAUCUUGUUAAUUAUGCUAAAGAAUUUCAAUUAGAUUCUUAUAUUCGUUAUUCACAUGAAGUCAUACGUAUUGAACAUUGUAAUGAUCCAUUAUUGGAUGGUGGUGGUUAUCUAAUAACCGUUAAAGAUCUUAAUAAUGAAGAUUCAAUUCAAACAAUAAGAUAUGAUGCUGUUGCAAUAUGUAGUGGACAUCAUCAUACACCAAAAUUACCAUCACCAUCGAUUCCAGGACAAGAAUUGUUUCAAGGGAAAAUUCUACAUUCACAUAAUGUUCGUUCAAUUCUUGAUAAUCCAGAUUUUAUUGAUAAACGUAUUGUUGUGCUUGGUAUUGGUAAUUCAGGUGGUGAUGUUGCUGCUGAAGCUGCACCUGUUGCAAAACAAGUUUAUCUUUCAUCACGUAAUGGUGGUACAUGGUUACUUCGUCGUACAGGGUUGAAUGGACAACCUGUUGAUACUGUUGGUAUUCGUCGUGCAUUUAUGGGUGCAUUACACCUGUUACCAUAUUCAUUACGAUGUUCAGUAAUGGAAUUUUUAGCAUCACGUAUGGUUGGUCAUGAUUUACUAGGAUUACGACCGGAAAAAACAAGAUUCCUGGAACAACAUGCAAUGGUUAAUGAUCAUAUACCAACAUAUAUACAUCUGGGUUGGAUUAAAAUGCGUUUCGGUAUUGAAAGUUUCGUUCAGAAUGGUGUUAUAUUUGAACGUGAUCAAGGUCGAAUUACUGAAUGUGAUUUAGUUAUUAUGGCUACUGGUUAUGAACAUUCAUUUCCAUUCAUAACAUCCGAUGUUUUUGAUUUAUCCACUGGACGUUUUGAUCUUUAUAAACAUGUUUUUGAUCCACGACAACCACAACCAGAAUGUUUAGCAUUUAUUGGUUUACCAGCUGCAAAUGGUAGUCUGCCACCAAUAUCAGAAAUUCAAUCACGUUGGUUUUGUAUGUUAUUAACCGGACAAUGUAAAUCAUUACCAAACAAGAAAAAAAUGUUUGCGAAAAUUGAAAAAGAUAGAAAAUGGGUUGCAAAUCGUUAUGGAUCGGAUAAAGUUGAACGUUUUCGUUUUGAAGUUGAAAUGUUGGAUUAUAUGGAUACUGUUGCACGUUCAGCUGGUUUAAGGCCAAAUAUUGCUAUUAAUUUCCUAAAAGAUCCUAAACUAUGGUGGGCAUUAUUAUUUAAACCAUGUAUAUCAGCACAAUAUCGUUUACGUGGUCCUGGUUCAAAACCUAAACAAGCACGUCAAUUAAUCCUAACUAUUGAUGAACGUAUCAAAGCACCAUAUCGUAAAACAUCCGAACAACAAACAGAAACCAAACUUAAACAACAACGUCAACAAGAAAAUGGUGAUUUUAGCGAAAAACCAUUAUUAUUAAAAGAUAAAUUUCUUUGAAAAGAAAGAUUCUGUUUUUGUAACUUUU